GGAGAAAAAAAAAGCCGGAAAAAAUAAAUACACUCUCGAAAUAACUAAAAACUAAUUCAAUAAUUAUAUGAAUAUACCUGGAAACUGUGCUCGCGAACAAAAAGUGUAAAAUAAAUGACGGGAUUAUGAAAUACGUCAGUGGAAUAUACGGACUACUUGUGGACAUUCUGAGUAGUAAUGAAACGUUCUUGAAUGAAAUAUUUUUUUAUUUUUAGGACAUAGUAAAUUAUAUUUCAAUUAUGGACGUUAUUUGUAAAAUAAUUCGUAUUUAAUGGUAAAAGAACAAACAUUCUAAUAUAAUUAGUGGAUAAAAAAUUAAUGACAUGUCAUUGCUUUGUUUGAAGAGCAGGAAGUUUACGCCAAAAAGUGCGACUGCGCACUGGCCAAAUUAGUAGUGUGAAAGAAAAUGGCGAUCAGCGAAAGGCGUCCGGAGUUAACGUGAUGAAAAACAUUGUUAAAAGCUCAAUUACAUAGUGUUAUAGUUAUUAAUUGUGUCAGAUGUAGAUUAAUUAAGUGUUAAUGAAUAGUGAUUGUGUAUAAAAAUGGCUGCGAAUAUGUACAGAGUCGGCGACUGCGUCUAUUUCGAGACGUCGUCGACGUCUCCGUACCAGAUCCGACGGAUAGAGGAGCUGAACAAGACGCCGUCUGGUAACGUGGAGGCAAAAGUCAUGUGCUUCUACAGGCGGCGAGACCUUCCCAACCCUCUUAUACAGUUAGCUGAUAAGCACCAAAUGGCCCAGUCGGAAGACUCACCAAUCGCGAUGAAACUCAAGAAAAUAUGCCUUAAAACGCCGGUCGGCGAGGAGCAAGCGGCACAAGCAGUCCUCGACCCUGCGCUAGCGGCGAUGGAGGAGGAAUCUAGCGAGUUGCCAGGCACGGACGGCCUGGCGCCCAAACAACGGCACCAAGCGAAACACCGCGAGCUGUUCUUAUCACGGCACGUGGAGACCCUGCCGGCAACACACAUCCGCGGCAAGUGCACCGUCACGUUGCUCAACGAGACGGAGUCGCUGCUCAGCUAUCUCAAUAAGGAUGACGCAUUUUUUUAUUGUUUAGUAUUUGAUCCUUCACAAAAGACUUUAUUAGCAGAUAAGGGAGAAAUCAGAGUUGGAAGUAGAUAUCAGACUGAAGUAACUAAUUUAUUAAAAGAAGGCGAAGAGGACCCACGCAACAGCGAAGAGCUGGAGACGCUGGUGUGGACGCCGUCGCACGGGCUGACGGACCGGCAGAUCGACCAGUUCCUCGUCGUGUCGCGCUCCGUGGGCACGUUCGCGCGCGCGCUCGACUGCUCCUCCAGCGUCAAGCAGCCCUCGCUGCACAUGUCCGCCGCCGCCGCCAGCCGCGACAUCACACUCUUCCACGCGAUGGAUACCCUGCACAAGUCCGGCUACAGCAUAGAGUCUGCGUUGUCAUCGCUGGUGCCGGCGUCGGGCCCCGUGCUGUGCCGCGACGAGAUGGAGGAGUGGUCCGCGUCCGAGGCCAACCUCUUCGAGGAGGCCCUCGACAAGUACGGCAAGGACUUCGCCGAUAUACGGCAGGACUUUUUGCCAUGGAAGACGCUAAAAAACCUUGUGGAGUACUACUACAUGUGGAAGACGACGGACCGCUACGUGCAACAGAAGCGCGUCAAGGCGGUCGAGGCGGAGUCCAAGCUGAAACAAGUGUACAUUCCCAACUACAACAAGCCUAACCCAGCGCUAAUAACGAGCAACAGCAGCAGCGGCAAGACCGCGCCCGCCGUGCUCAAUGGCGGGACCAACGGGACCGCCACCGUCAGCGCCGGACAACUCUGCGCGUCGUGUCAAGUGACAAAUUCAAACCAGUGGUACACAUGGGGCCCGCAGCAUUUACAAUACAGACUAUGCGGCACAUGUUGGCAAUACUGGAAAAAAUAUGGAGGUCUCAAAGUUAAGACCGCUGGCGUAUUCGGUGAGACAGAAGUGGAGGCAGCGAAAGGCCCUCGCGGCGAGGGCGAGGACACCGCGCUGUCCGUGUCGCACCGCCCGCACCGCUGCACCGUCCUCAACUGCGCCAAGGAGUUCAAGCUGCGCGCGCACCUGGCGCGGCACGUGGCCACCGCGCACGGCAGCGGCGAGGGCGCGCGCCCCGUCAUGAAGACGCGCGCCGCCUUCUACCUGCGCGCCUCGCCCUUCACGCGCCUGGCGCGCCGCCUCACGCGCGCGCUGCGCCGCCCCAGGCACUACGCGCGCUCGCCCUUCUCGCCCAUCAACCUGCAGCAGGUCAAGCAUGAGUGUUCGAUAGCGAUGGCCGGGCUCGGUGGGGCCGAGCUGCGCGCAGCGGGCGCGGCGGGCGCGGGCAGCACGGGCGCGGCGGGCGCGGCGGCGGCGGCGCGCGCGCGCGGCCCCGUGGGCGCGGUGGCGGCGCGCCUGGCCGCGGCCCGCGGCGCGCCCCCGCCGCCCGCCGCGCCGGGCCGCCACGACUGGCUGGCGCUCACGCCGCGCGACCGCAUGCCCGCGCCGCCACACGUCGCCUUCCCCAAGCCGCCCAAGGCGCCAGAUGGUAGCCUGAUGUACGAGCGCGUGUUGUCUCGUGCCGAAAUAGAGGCACGUCGCGCCGAAGCUGCGCCCGCGCAACCCCUCAAACGACGCGCGUACGACGACAUCAACGGCCUAGACAGAGCGGGCGCGCGCGAGGCGGGCGCGGCGCCGCCGCCGGCCAAGCGGCCCAACAAGCACCCGGCGCCCAUGCAGCGGCCCUCGCGCGAGCAGUACGCCGCCAUGUGUGCGCGCGCGCAGGCCACGGGCCAGCCGCUGCCCGCGCACGUCUUCACGCACGUCAACGGCAAGCCGACCAACAUCAGCGGCCGCGGCGGACGCCGGCAUGUCAUCUCCUGGAUGGAUGCGCCCGAUGACCUCUACUUCCGAGCGAACGAAAACGCCAAGGCGGCGCGCCGCAACCUGUCGUGCGGCGAGCUGCGGCGCGGCGCGCGGGCGCCGUGGCGGGCCAUGCGCGGCGGGCCGCUGGCGGGCGCGGCGGCGCUGGCGGCGGCCGCGGCGGGCGCCUGCAAGCCCCCCGCCGGCGCCGCGCCGCUGCAGCUCGUCAUCCUGGACUGA